CAGGUUAUGUGUUGUAAUACAAAUCUGCUGCUGAGCCAUGAGAUUGGACACCAGAGAAUUGGCGAUACCUCCGGUCAGAUGUGGUCAACAGCUUGGUGCGAGCAAUCCUCUCGUUAUCACCGCGUUAGUUGUUACGCCUUGACGGGGCAUCAUCCUCCCGACCUGUCCUGUAUCACCUGUCCCUUUGAGCCAAGCACACGCGCCUCUCAGCUCCUCCUCAGCGGGUCCUCGCUCGACUUGAAAAUGAGGUCGCCGCAUUAUUAUUUCAAGGUUAUUUCCUUUUCUUUAAGGCCUUUAUAUUCAGAUCCUAUGGGAGUUCUUAUUUUCACGGCGUUGCUUUGGACCUUCAGUGGAGUGGGAUGCCUUCCUCUAUCCUCCUCUCUACCGAUUGGAAAGGUUGCUGACUGUAUUCAGGACUCUCUGAAGAGUAACAGCGGUGUGCCACAUUCUGGCUGUGACAAACGGAGAACAGAUGAUGCUGUCAACAGGCACCAGGGUCUCCUGAGAGAGCUGCAGGAUCUAGCCCAGGAGGGUCAGUCUGACUACGAGAGGGAAAAAGAGAGAGAGUAUGGGAGGGAGAACGAGCGAUAUGAGGAGAACCAGGCUGAGGGAGAGAGGGACAGAGAGGGGAGGAAGGAGGAGCAGAAUAAUGACAAGAAGGAGACUGAGAAAGAAGAGCUGAGAGAGAAAGAGACGAAGGCAGAUGGGGUAGAGGAGGAGGAGAAGGUGGAGAUGAAGGACAGAACAAAUGAGGAGAUAAGGGAAGAGCCCAGACUGGAGGAGAAAAGGGGGGAUGAGGAAGAGAGCGCCAAAGAGUUGGAGGAGCUCCUCGCAAAGGAGAUAAGGAAGAUAGGAGAGGAGGAAAAAGAGGACAGGGAGCUUGAGGAGCUGCUCAAGGAGCUGAAGAAGAAAAGGUACGAGUCUGUGAAGGAGAAAGAGCUCCAGAGAGGGUCAGAAGCUGAGGAGGAGAGGAAGAAGGAUGAGGAGGAGGAGCAGAAAAAGGGAGAGAAAGAGCAGCUAGAUAUUCUUGAGAAGGAAGAGAGGAAACGCAGCGAGGAGAGGAAGAACAAUGAGGUGGAGCUGCUGGUGGAGAAAGGGAAGGUGGAGCGGGAGCUCAAGGAGCUGCUGGAGGAACAGGACAGCAUGAAGAAUGUGGAGAAGGAGAAAGAGAGGGAGGAAAAACAGGAGGAACUGGAGGAGCUCCUCAAAAAGAUGAAACGUGUGCAAGAGGAGGAGGAGCGAGAAGAGGAGGAGAGGAAGAGAGGGAAUGCCAGGGAUGAGGUGAAAGUGGACAAAGAGAGCCAGAAGGAGGGAGAGAUUCACAAGGAAUUGGAGAAGGUGAAAGAAAGAGAGAGUGAGGAGGUUAAGGAGCCUCAGCAGAAGAGAGUGAUGGAGAAAGCGAGUGAUGAGUCGACCCGUCAGUUUGAAAAGGAGAGGAACAGGGACGAUGAUGAUGACGACGAUGAUGAAGAAGCAGAUGAGGAAGAUGAUGAUGAAAACAUUGAGGAUUGGGAAGAGGAAGAGGAGGAUGAGGACAAAAAGGAGGAUGUUGAGGAGGAUGAAGGAGCGGAGCUUCUGGAGAUUGAGGCAGAGCUGCGAAAAGUGGCUGCAGAGCUUCGGGAGCUUCACAGGAGUCGUUAAGUUCUAAAUUACACACACACACACACACACACACACACACACACACACACACACACACACACACACACACACACACACACACACACACACACACACACACACACACACACACACACACUGAAAGACAAACAACACAAAACAGACAGAUAAUGACACAAUGCAGCUCUCUCUCUCAUGCUAUCACACACAGAAACACACACAACUAACUUACUUAGUAACAUGGUAUAAUCAUAAUGCUUUUGAUGGGAUGUACUUCUGUAAGUAGUUGCAUUUUAGAACAAGCAUACAGGUACACUUCUCCCCAUCCCUUAACUCUCAUAUUGCAUUCAGAGAUUACAAGUUCUUUAGAUGUCAGUCUUUCUGUGUGCUGCCAUUAUCAAAGAUGGUUUAGUAGGCAAAAUGUACAACCUUGCAAAGCUAUAGUUAGUCUACAUCUCAUAAUAUGUGGGAAAGAGGUCUCCUUUACGAUAUGUCUCGUGUAUAUAUUUUGUGCAAUAAUUAAAAAUCAGUGUGUGGGAUUUGUUAAGGUCAUUGUGGCUUUUAAUGUAAGCAAUGUAUCACUGGUAUUUGUAAUAUUGACAUUUUGAUUCCUAUGAUUGAUUUCCAUGUGCAUGUCAACAAAAUGUGAGGAUUGUGCUAUCUGGCUAAUGCACUGUUAAUAGCAGACUGUUAAUGAAGAACUGGGGUGCCACUCCAGGAGAAUCUUAAUUGCAAAAUCCUUGCGUCCUCUCUCCUCCUUUUCAAAACUCAUUGUAAGAGAAGACCAGAGGGGCGGGACAUCUGGCUUUCUCCUCCAAUGGUGUUUGAGAAGGAGAUGAGGACAUGAGGAGUAUUCAACUGAGAUCUUCCCUCAGAAAGAGGUGUGUGACCACGGAAACCUCUUUAGUAUUGAUGUACACUACCGUUCAAAAGUUCUGGGUCACUUAGAAAUGUCCUUGUUUUCCAUGAAAACAUACAUGAAAUGAG